AUUUCAUUAACUGCCACUAUUCUCAUUUUCCUGAUCUUCCAAGAAACCUUCAUGGCUUCAAGUUACAUAUCCACUCGCAAAUUAGGGUUCUUCUUCUUCCAAUUCGAUCUCAAUUUCUCACCAUCACUUCCCCCAAAUUAACCUCCUUUUCUCCCAUUAUGCAACACAAGGUACGUUCAACUUAUUCCAAUUUUAUUCUUCAGUUAACAAUUUUACCAAUCGAAGAAUUAAACAUUUAGUCUCUGAUCUUCAAUCGUAUCAAUUUCAAUCGCUAAUUCGAUGUUUAAGUUUCGUGAUUCGGUUUACAAGAGAGAUCAUUGUUGUUAGGGUUUUCAGUUUUAUGUAAUGUUUGUUGUAUCAUGUAUGUAUGUAACUAUGUAUCUAUAUAUAUGUAUUAUAUACGUAUAAAAAGUAGAAUUUAAUUUAAGUGUUCAAUUAAUGGAUGAUAACGAGUUGAUUUCCUCUGGAGAAAGUGGAAGUAAAUUAAAUAAUAAUGGCGCGAAUAGUGUUGAAGAAGAUGUUAAUAAUAAGUUGCCUACUGAAGGCAUUGGAUUGUUAUCGUCAUCGUUGUCAUCGUUGGCGUUAUCGGAUGUUGUCGAUAGAAGGAAGAGGUUGAAGAAAUGGAGGAGGAUACCUAGGGAACUUGCUAAGAAAAUGGGAAGUAAUAGUACACCGGUUCGACAAGUGAUGUUGAAUGUUAAUGGUGAUUAUUCGGUUCAACCGGAUACUGCGGCUAGUAAUAUAAAUGGGGAUGAUUUAGUUACAGGUUUAGUUGAUGAUCAUCAGAGGAAUGGUCGAAUGGGGCCCGGGAAGAAGCCUCGUGGUGUAGAAAUCGAGAAGGAAGAUUCGAAUGAGAAUUUGAGUAUGGGAGUAUUGGGAUCUGACUCUGGAAGGUCCAACUUUGUGUUUGUGCAGGGUAGUAAUACAGUAGCAAGCGAAGGUAGACAGAGUGGCGUGUCUGCGAAACAUGACGAAGAGUUUAGUGAUGAUAAAGAUUUAAACGAAGAAGCACAAGUUGCGUCUGUGAAAAGUGAUGCUGAGUCAGAUGAGGCUUCGUUAGCAGAUGAUAAUAUCGAGAAGCAUGAAGGAUCAAUGGAGCAUGAUCCGCUUGUGUUAUCUAUGAAAGGACUCCAUUCUGCUCAAGAGGAGUUUGAGAGAGAAGUGCAGAAAUGGAAGGAUGUUGGAAAAGAUGCUCCGUUAAUCUUUGAUGACCCGAUUCUUGAAAUUCUUGAACUCAAGGAUGCCAAGAUUUUGGAACUGGAACGGGCUUUAAGUUCUGUAGGCGUUAAGACCGAGCUUGAGGAUUGCCUGAUGAAAAUAAUCCAAGCUGAUGUGGAAAAUGUGGUCAUAACUACAACCACUAAACGCUUGACCGAAGGACCAUUGCGUGAAAUUAAACAUAAUUUACAACAAAAGAAUGUAGCAUCACAAGGCGUGCAGGCAACAAACGAGAAGUCAGAGACAAAAGAAGAUUUAAAGAAACUGCAGAAUGGAGUUUGUAGAUAUACUUCAUGUUUUAUGAUCCAGUUGAUAUUAUUGCUUGUAACCCUUUACCUGAAAUACUCUCCUCAAAGUGUAGAGGUUGUACCCACUUAAGUUACUCAUAAGCAGUGCCCUGUUGUAAUGUAACACUCACUAUACUGUUGUGUUUCUUGUUUUGAAUAAGAAUUGUAGGCAGUCAUUUUCGUGAAUCAAAUAUAUAUAGAUAUUCUUUUU